CCCUGGCUGGAUUUCAUGCAAAUUGUGGACCUAUGUGAGGACAAGCGUUGGGCAAUUUUACCAAAGCUGUUGUAUUUGGUGGCACUGAAUUCAGACAUGAAGAUCCUUUACCUUUUCUUUGCUAUUUUCCUCUUAAUGCUCCAAGGCACUUUAGGUUUCAUGCGAGCACCUAAUAAUGAUGUGCAAUGCAAGCAGGCUGGGGGUACCUGUUCCACCGACCUCUGUCCCCUACCCAACAUGAGGCCUUUUGGACGUUGCCAGCAAGGGGUCCCUUGCUGUAGGGCUGUGUAUGAUUAGCGACUGUUGGCAUCUCAGAUGGGCCAAGCAGAGUUUCUGGCAGCUUGGGAUGCAUCAUCCCAUCAGGAAACCUGGAAUUUUAAGCUGAAAAUGUGCAUUUAGCACACACAUGCACACACCAAAAGAUAAGCAACAGCAGAAAGAAAACAAACUGCUCCACAAACAGACAUGAAGAAAUCAAAGCAAUUCUUGAACCACCCAGGAGAAAAAAAACAACAAUAUUUCUUAUUUGUCUAAAAUGUUUUUCUCUUGAAACUGUAUUUUGGCCACCAACACCUACCCCUGAGGGCAGAUCACCAACAUGCAGAAGUCUGUUCUCAUGAAGGGAUGCACAGUAGGGUCUUCCUUUGGCCCUCAGAACAGAUACUUAUUAUUUCCUUUUAAAGUUAGCAAUAAUGCAAAUAACGCUAGAAGACAAAGUCUGCAGGAGACAUUGAACACUCAGCUGCAAUGUUAGUAUGUCAUGGUCUGUAUAUCUCAAUAAACCUUAGUAAACUUGC